AUGGGUCGAGACCGGGAGAAGAAUAAGGACAAAUCAAAGGAUGAUUCUAACACAAAUCAACAUUCUUCAAGAGGUUUCCGUACGGCGGAUAGAUUCUCUACCAACAGGAGAGCUGAUCGCGGCCGAAAUAAUAGAUCAUUACAGGACAAGGAGGUAUCGGGUUUUCGAGAUUCUUCCUAUCCAAGCUAUCCGAAUACAACUUCAAUGCAUUUCCGCGAGGAGGUGGCGACAUUGCUGAGAAACGGCCAUCUUAGAGAAUUAUUAAGCGAUCGGACUAAAAUCAACGACGACUGCAAUAGUGAUAACGCGGAACCCGCGAAAAUAGGGGAAGAUCCUCCUUGUCUGACGAUCAACAUGAUUUUCGGGGGGAAAGAGAUUAAUGGUGUGACAUUUUCGGUGGCAAAGAAAACAAAGGUGUCCGUUACCCACAGUAAGAGACUCCGAGAAGUCGCUGAGGACGACAUUAAUUUCACGGAGGAGGACGCAGAUGGACUACUUCUACCGUAUAACGAUGCCUUGGUAAUCUCUCUUAAUGUUUUUGAUUUUAAAAUUAAAAACGUUUUGGUGGACCCAGGAAGUUCGGCCAAUAUUAUCAAGUGGAGGGCACUGGAGCAAGCCAAACUGACCGAAAGUAUCAUUCCGGCCACAAAACUCCUCGCCGAGUUCAACCUGGAAAGCGUGAGAACCCGAGGAAAGAUCAUGCUGCCCAUGAAUGCCGAAGGGGUAAUGAAGACGACCCAUUUUGAAGUAGUAGAUGGCGAUAUGGUCUACAAUAUUAUCCAAGGAAUAUCGUGGUUGCACGAGAUGAAGGUUGUGCUGUCAACAUAA